AAGAUGUACCUAGACGAUCCUUAUGACUACAUGCAGCAUAUAAACAGAAAUGAUGCAGAAAAUCUCAAAGAACCCACUUCUGUACAUAAGAAUACAAAAAUGUCAGAUGUUUUAUCUCUGAGAAAGCCAAAUUUAAAAAGGGACAACCGAGAAGCAGACGACAUCCAUUGCCACCUCGUGAAACAGCAGACGUCAGGUGACCAGGUGAAAUGUACUCAACGUGGAAACUUAAACAUGAACAUUAGGCCUACAGAUGUUUGCCAAAAGUCACAAGCUACUGGGGAUGAGCAAAUCAGUGAGAAAUUGGUGCGAGAUGAUAUUAGAAAUGAAUUGGCAGACAAGAAGAAAACAAAGAAAGGAUUUUUCACCAACGUCUUUCGCACAGUUCUCGCUUGUUUUGGUAUUAGAAAUGACAGGAAAGACAGGAAGUGAAAAUAGACAAUGUUACUGUACCAA